AUGCAGCUAGAUUCAUCCAAAGGUUUAGCUCAAACUAUGAUCUCUGGGGUGCCUGACCCUUCUGGUCAAUGGAUCCAGCAAGAAUCAUCUCAGCCGGUUAUCUUAAGUGAUGGCAUAUAUUUACACAAUAAUGUAAAUAACUAUGUACCUGUACAAACUGGUGAGAUAUUUUCUGUGGAAUUUCUUCAGGAUCCUUCUUCAAGAAUUGUUCCUACUCUGUCGGGGUUUAAUGAGAAGCAUGAUAAGAGAGCUUUACCUCAAAGUAAGCAAGGCCAAUACCAGGGUUAUGAAGAUCUCACAAGACUUCUUGGGUUGACUAGAAUAGAUUCUGAAUGUGCUUCUGACAUAACUGAAUUUGCUUCUGCAAGAGGGUCUAGUACCGAAAUUGAAAAUGGUAUUUAUGUCGAGAAUGAGCUUACAUUUAAUCAGAAAGUUGGAUCUUGUGGGCAUGUCCCUGGGGGAGCUACUACAGAUUUAUCCUAUAAUCAAGCUACUUCAGGGUCAAGUGCUCUGCUUUUAACUAAAUCUGAAUCUUCACAGUCAUUAAAAUCUUCUGGAUUAGGAACUUCAAACUGUUCUCAGACAGGAAAAAUUAAAUUCCUGUGCAGUUUUGGUGGUAGAAUACUGCCUCGACCUAGUGAUGGAAAACUCAGAUAUGUUGAUGGAGAUACAUGUAUCAUUUUCAUAGGGAAGAAUAUUUCAUGGGAUGAACUUAUGAAGAAAACAUUAGCCAUCUGUAACCAGCCUCACACUUUCAAAUACCAGCUUCCAGGAGAGGAUCUUGAUGCCCUUAUAUCCGUCUUUUCUGAUGAAGAUCUUCAGAAUAUGAUAGAGGAAUAUUAUGUACUUGAGAAGCUUGGGGGUUCCCAAAGGCUCCGAAUAUUUUUGGUUCCUUUGACUAAAUCUGAAAACUCAUACCCUGAAGAUGCUGCUAAUGUUCAAGCGAGUGACCCUGAUUAUCAAUAUGUUGUUGCUGUUAAUGGCAUUGUUCAAGUGGAUUCUUCUGCUAAGGAGAAUUAUUAUGAGCAGUGUGUGCCCCAGCAAGGAGAUUGCAAGAACGACUCAAGGAAUGCAAACACAAACAAGUUGCCACAUGGUAAUGACAUGUCUACUAGUCCAAACAAAAAAGAUGAUAUCCAUCAGACAAGACAAUCGAGUGAAUUGCUUUCACAUCACCAUGGUCUCAGCAGAGACUUUGUUGCUCCAACAUCGGAACAAUGUGAUGGAAGCUUUCAACGGUACUCCUUUGAAAGAACAGAACCCAAGGAAAGGACUAUUCACUCUGGAAAGCGAAAUGAUGAAAUGGAUGUAUUACUGGGAUACACUUCCACUGUUACUCUAAAUGGAAUUCCCCAUGACUUUUCGGAUUCAAAACUUCAGGAACAUGGAAAAAGAUCAGCUUGCUCACAAGAGGGAAUAAGCUCAUUUUCCUCUUUGAAAAUUUUACCAGCUCAGUUAUCUUCACACGAUGUGCCUACUGCUAUGCAAGGAAACCUAGUGUCUCUGCAUCAGAAUACAUACCCAGUCAGUUCUCAGCAUCAGAUUAGGGUACUUAAUGGGGAAUCAAUUGUGGCUACUGACUUGAUGGAUUUUCCAAAGUUGUCUUUUGACUCAAAUUCAGUGAGUAAAUGUGGGCCCGUGCAAAUAAAUAUUAAUGGAACAGACACUAGAUGUAACGGGGCUAAAACAAAGUUGGAAAAUUACCAUCUUGGUUCAAAAAACUUUAUGGAGAAAAAUUUAAAUUGUGAGAUGGUGAACGCAUGUGAUACCAAUAAGGCACUUCUCUAUCGUGAGGGUAAAUUUCCUGAUAACAAGUCAUACAAAACAGCUGUGGGUUCAGAGAAAAAACUACCUGAUGUUAACUCUGCUAUGAUGUCUAAUAAUGGAGGUGAUAUACCUGAUGAAGAAACACAAUUUUUUGACAUGAACAUCCUUGCAUCAACACCUUUAAUUAAUACAUGUUCUGAAGUUGCUGGGAGGAUUUCUAAUUCUGAAACAGAGUCUCAUGGUGCAGAAACUCUGAGUGAUCUACUCCCUGAGUUUUCUGAUGGCCUGAUUUCCGACCACUCCCCCAUGCCAGCAGUUGCUGCAUUUGUUGAUGAUGGAGGCCAGUCGAUGCCCUCGAAUUACUCAGCUUUCAGGAAAAACCCAACCAAGGAUGUUGUUUUUAGGAGAGAAGUUUCUCUAAUUGAUGAAGAAUUUACUAGUUACAGUGACCAGAAAGUUGUGAAUUAUGGUGUUGGUGAAUUUUCUAGUGAAAAGCAAAAGAUAGAAGAUGCUCCAGUUAGUAAAAGUAUCAAGGAGAGUCAGCAGGUUCUGAAUGCAAAUGGAAGAGAUGUUAGAUCACCCAGUGGUGACUUAUAUGCUGCAAAUCUCUUAGAUUUGGAUAAUAUCGGUGGUGAAGUCAUAUCUCCUAGUGCAGCAGAAGGGGCGGCAUUUGCCCCUGACUUGGGGUUGGAGGUGAAUUUCUAUUUCACUUUGAUGGUUUUUUGUUGUUUAUCUGUCCUGGCACAAUUUGCCAACCCACCCGACGGAGAUAAGGAUAAUUUAAUCACUGAUGCUAUGAUAGCUGAACUAGAAGCUGAUUUGUAUGGUUUGCAGAUCAUAAAAAAUGUUGACCUUGAAGAAUUGAGGGAGUUGGGCUCAGGGACAUAUGGUACUGUUUACCAUGGAAAGUGGAGAGGAACAGAUGUUGCUAUAAAGAGAAUUAAGUGGGCAUGUUUUUCUGGGAGAUCAUCACAGGAAGAAAGGCUGGACUUCUGGAGAGAGGCACAGAUCCUUUCCAACCUUCAUCAUCCUAAUGUGCUUGCAUUAUAUGGAGUGGUACCUGAUCGGGCCGGGGGAACUUUGGCAACUGUGACUGAAUUCAUGACUAAUGGAUCACUUCGAAACGUUCUUAUUAAAAAGGACAGAUCACUUGAUAGUUAUAAGAAACUUCUUAUCGCCAUGGAUGCAGCUUUUGGGAAGGAGUAUUUGCACUCGAAAAACAUCGUCCACUUUGAUCUAAAAUGUGACAAUUUGUUAGUCAGUCUGAGGGAUCCACAACGACCCAUAUGCAAGGUUGGAGAUUUUGGACUCUCUAGGAUUAAACGCAAUACUCUCGUAUCUGGAAGUGUAAGAGGUACUCUUCCCUAGAUGGCACCUGAUAUGUUAAAUGGUAGCAGUAACCGAGUAUCUGAGAAGGUUGAUGUUUUUUCAUUUGGCAUAACAAUGUGGGAGAUCUUGACUAGGGAAGAACCCUAUGCAAACAUGCAUUGUGGGGCAAUCAUUGGUAAGGCUCUGAAUACCUGUUAGACCAAGUGAAUAACUUCUGCUUCAUAACAAUAAUGGGAGGUAGAGGGAAUAAUAUUUUGCUCAGGGAAUGGAUUCCACUUGAUUAUAAGGGUUUGCAAAGGAACUUCUGAAUAUGCUUCCAAGCACUUUUCCCAAUGUAUUCACCUUAAGACUUCUCUGGGUCUUUAGGAUCCCUUUUCCGGUGGUAAUUGACCAUCGGAAUCCUGCACUA